UAGACAAAAAAAAAAAAGAUUCUACGCCAUUAUGACAACGAUAUUCUCACCCCCUGCUAUUUAUUCCAAUUUCAUUGGAGAAGAAAUUCACGAGUCAGAGAAGAAAAACAUGGGAAACCAGAAGAGAAUUGGAGAGGUGGAAAAGAAACCGAGGGUUCUGUGUCUACACGGGUUUAGAACAAGUGGUGAAAUCAUCAAGAAACAAGUCACUACGAAAUGGCCGGAAUCAGUGAUUAACAAAUUGGAUCUUGUCUACGUUGAUGCUCCGUUUCCGGCCGAAGGGAAAUCUGAAGUCCAAGGGAUUUUUGAUCCUCCUUAUUAUGAAUGGUUCCAAUUUGACAAAGAUUUUACAGAGUACAGGAAUUUUGAAGAAUGUCUUGAAUGUAUUCAAGAUGUAAUGUUAAAGCAAGGUCCUUUUGAUGGGUUGCUUGGCUUCUCUCAAGGGGCUAUUUUAUCUGCUGCUUUGCCUGGUUUGCAAUCUAAGGGAUUAGCAUUGACCAAAGUUCCGAAGAUAAAGUUCAUAAUUGUAAUAGGAGGGGCAAUGUUCAGGUCACCAGCUGUAGCUGAGAAUGCUUAUAGUUCUUCUUCACCAGUUCAAUGUCCAUCUCUUCAUUUCUUAGGAGAGACGGACUUUCUGAGGCCAUAUGGGGAGAACUUGUUGGAGUUAUGUGUGGAUCCUGUUGUCAUUCAUCACCCUAGAGGCCAUACAAUACCAAGAUUUGAUGAGAAGGGUUUGGAGAUGAUGUUCAAAUUCAUUGACAAGAUUCAUCAAUUGGCAAACGAUACAUCUUCGGUCCAUGAACAAGUAAUAGAGGAAGAAGAAGCAGUUUACAUGUAAACAGGUCAAUUGCAACAACUGCUUCAUAUAAAGAUUUGUACGAUUAGUUUUAUGUCGUUACACCAGAUAACAUUAUUCAUGUGGCAUACCACCAUCAAAGAAGAAAUGGAUGGCCACUUGAUAUCAAAUUAGUCUGAUAAAAUUUGGGAGAAUACCUUAUCCAAUGUAGAAUAUCAGUUUUUAUGUCAGCCAUGUGCAAUUUGUAAUGUUGACGAGUUUCUAAUUCAGGCAGCAGAUAAGAAACACAAACAAUUUUAUUGCUCGGAUUGAUGAUGGUAUUUUUCAUCA